AUUCAGCCUGGUCGCCCAGGCGUGUCUCCUGAGUAGGUCAAUGCAACAGGUGUCACAAACAUAAGGAUUAACUUGACACGCUUGUACAUCUGAUGGUGGAUGAUCAGUUCACGACAAUGUAGACAUGGGAGUAACGCCCGUGAAGCGAGGCGAGUACGUAAUGCUCGGGACACGGCACUAGAGUUAUCCACCUUCCAUACCCGCCACUAGGGGGCCAUGGGCUCCAGACUCCGGUCCUGUCUGGCAUCGUGCGCAGCGUUCAGGCCUGCCUGUAUCAGCAAGGGAGGACCAGAUGCGGAGAAAGCUGCCGCAGAUGAACCCGUGGAGGUCACAGCAACACUGAACGAUGGGGAGGCUGAUACAGUUGACGGUAAGACCAGCCCGGGAGAUGCGGAACAGGACGCUGGUGACAAACCUGCACCUCCAAAGAAAACACGCAGACAGGAAAUAGAGGGCUAUGUGCAGUCGUUAGUACAUGCUGUCAAGUGUAAGGACCCAUCAUGCACUGUAACGGACUGUCACAGGAUACGGGAAGGUGUGAGGCACAUGCAAACCUGCACCAAGAAGAUGAACGGAGGAUGCACGACCUGUAAACAGCUGAUUGCGCUCUGCUGCCACCAUGCAAAGAGCUGUCGUAGUGACGAUUGUCAGCUUCAGUUCUGUGUACAGCUGAAAAACAAUUCACGGAAAACGUGAAUACAGGAGACUAUGGGGAAAAACGUGAAUACAGGAAACUAUGGGGAAAACGUGAAUACAAGAAACUAUGGGGAAAAACGUGAAUACAGGAGACUAUGGGGAAAACGUGAAUACAGAAGAGGGGGAAAACGUGAAUACAAGAAACUAUGGGGAAAAACGUGAAUACAGGAGACUAUGGGGAAAACGUGAAUACAGGAGACUAUGGGGAAAACGUGAAUACAGGAAACUAUGGGGAAAACGUGAAUACAGGAGACUAUGGGGAAAACGUGAAUACAAGAGACUAUGUACCUUUGCAACAUCAGAAGUUGGAGACAACAUCGGAGGGAUAUGUUCCAUGUUCAUAUCUCACCAUGAUCCUUGAGAAACGUUUAAAGAAUAUCAACGAAAUGUUAAAUAGCUGUGGUUCAAUCCGUUUCUUUGUUAGAGCUUUUGCUGUGCCAAGUGGGAUAUCUGUUUUGCUAAAACAUUGCCAAAAGUACCCUGAAGACAUAUAAUAUAUUUAAAUAAUGAUGAGUCCCUAACACACUUCAUAUAUUGUCUUCAAUGUUUGCUCCCUACGACCUGGAAGAUUGCCUUUGUGGGUUUACCACUUACUGUACUGGCGGGAUGGAGCAAUCAUGUCAUAGAAAUAAUAGAAAUAGAAUUUUCCCUGAUUUUGUUUUACGGUAAAAAGAUGCAUUAUUCGUUCAUUAGACAUGCUGGGUGCUUCAAAUAAUGUAAUUAAUCUAUUUGACGGUUCAAAGGAAAAACGUCUUCUUUGAUUCAAGACGAUAUUUUGUCUCAAACAAAAAUCGAAUUCCACUCCAGACUAUAGCAUGGUCGAUCCAUUGUUUUCUACAGUUUGUAUCAUGUAUAUGUAUAGAUCGGCUUUUUACACUGACGAAUGAUGCAUCACUGCGCUGCUUGUGUGCUAGCUAGACUUACUCGUCUGUCCAAUACUCCAUUUUGUUAUAUAUAUUUGGGCUGGCCACAUCCUCAGUCACUACUCCUGACUGCUGUUGCGUUAGAAAAUUGCGUUUUACCUGUUAGUGUGUGACAAGGGAGAGCGCUAUGCUUAGUGAAAAGAUGCUCUCGCCAUUGCAUUCUCACAAAUAAAGGUCAGUUUGAUCUUUCUUCAUCUACAUUUAUUGCAAGUUUUUUCUGAGGUAAUGUGACAUAUAUCAAUGUCAAAACUAUGUCCCUGUGAUCUGAAUUUUAUAUUUUUAUGAAAUAAGGUGCAUAAUUGAGUGGAAAACAUUUAUUUAUUGUUCUUUCUUUUAUUGGGAUGGGAGAUGAGAAACAUCACUAAAAUACGGAUCCCCUUACAUGUCUUCCGUUUAAUGGUACAAGCGUCCCAAUGGCUUGUAGGCAGAACUGACUCGCCAUUAAUUCGAUCCGUGAUACGUUGUUUGUUACGAACAAUGUUGCAAGUAAGGUUCAAAUGAAAGUGACGAUUUAUUGUUCACUCUUUUGGGGAUUAUUAAGAAUUAAAUUUUGUAAAUUUGUCGGUAAUGUGUGUAGUUGGGGGUCGCUUCUAACGUGAAUGAUUUGAUUAGAUGCUGUGAUGGUAUAGACACGAUGCUUCAUAGUACGGUCUCUGUGUUUAUUUGGAUAGGGAACCUUUGGAAGACCAGUCGCGGUGUGAUAUAUUAUCUUAGUGUUGAAGUAUUGCAAUGAUGCUUCCUUCGGUGUUGACAAGAUUAUUAUAAGAAUUGCGUCUUUUGACUGACAGCAAUAUGUUUCUAAUGCUUUAUUGUAUUUUAUAUAUUCGUGUUACGAUCAAUAAACUGUUGAUAAUGA